AUGUUUAUACCUGGAUCAAAUGCAGCAAAUACAAAUUUACCAUUAACAAUGAAUAAUAAUCUUCAUCAACAAGCAUUUCUUUUUGAUAAUUUAAAAGAUCAUCGUUCAAAUAAAUUAUUAUCAUCUAUGUCACGAAAAACAUCCGCAACGCCAAACUUUUCACUCGAUCCGGAUUUGUUACGCGAAUUAAAUGCACGAUAUUUACACGAUAUUAAUUCCACUCGUACGGCACCUGGAACGACAAACUUACCAUUAGAUGGAAAUGGACUUCCAGCUUUUCUGCUACCUCCGUUUCUUCGUGCCGAACAUUAUCAUCAACAUACACACACACAUGAACAUAAUUUAAACAUUUUAACACCAUCGAAUAAUUCAUUAAUAAACGGAACUAUUAAUAAUUCAUUAGUAGACAAAUUAUCCAAAUCAGACAAUGGGCUUUCACCAUUUUUGCGAACGAAUAACGUAGACAAAUUAUCCAAAUCAGACAAUGGGCUUUCACCAUUUUUGCGAACGAAUAACUUCUCUUUGCCACCACCUCCGCCGAUCUUUCCACCAUUCAAUUCAGCUAAUAAUAAUAACAAUAAUGUUAAUAACAAUUCAUCAACGAAAGAACUCGUGUCAUCACCUUCAUCAAAAAAAUCGAAUAAAUGGUGUGAAGCACAUGUGAGAAUAUCGUGGAUGAUUUAUCAUCAACAACAACGUUCCAAAGAAAAACUAUCUCCAUCAGAUAAUAAAAAAGACGAAGAACAACAAAAAUCUUCAUUAAAUACAAAAUUACCUGAUUUAAUCACAAACACAAGGCCACUUUUACCAUCAGUAACUAAUGACGCACCUCUUCAAUUACCUUCGACAUAUCCAUCAGCACUUUUACCUCCGCCAGCAUUCAAUUAUCGAUCGCCAUUUGAUUUUGCUGGUUUGAACAGCAAUGGACCAUUUGGUCGUGUUCCUCCAUCAUCAUCGUCAUCGUCAUCAUCGCCGUUAACGACUGCAUUCGGUGGCCUGGGAUCUUUAUUUCCUUCAGCACCACUCCCACCACCGCCUCCUCCUCGUCCUCCUUCGUCUUCCUUGACGAUCGAUCGAAAACCAGAUAUGAAUGGGCCAGUAGCUGCAGCUGCUGCUCUUGGUCUUGAUUGGUCACGAUUUCAUCGUGGUAUGGGACCAGCACCGAUGAUUCCACCUAUGCCAUCUCUUUCAUCCAUAAAUGAGAAUUCAUCAUCGAAGAAACUCGAUGAGACAUCUAAUAGUAAUUACGACAAUAAAAAACGUUCAUCAUCUGUUCUUAAUAAUGACGAUGAUCGUCGUUCUUCUUCUUCUUCUCAUUUAAUGCUUCCCCCAUCACAUUUAGCAAAUGCCAAUUAUUCUUCAUCAUCAAAUCGUUCUCGUUCUCGUUCACCUCAUCCAUCACUUCAUCAUCAACAUCAUCAUCACUCGUCGAAUUUCUUAACUAAGACUUCCUUAUCUUCUCCACCAUUACAUUCAUCUUCACGGAAACGUCAUUCACCGACUGUGAAAUCGGCAAAUAUCUCAGAUACGUCGAAGUCAUCCGCAUCAGGUUUACCUUCACUUCCUCUUCCACCAACAUUCGGUGCUUUAGACCCGUUGACGUUAUCGAUGAUCGAACGACAACGGUUAUCCGCUGCUUAUGCAUCUCUAUUUAACGCCGCAUCGAAUUCCUCCCCAAAUAAUUUCUUUCCGUCAAAUCUCGAUUCAUCGACAUUUCGUCCGAAUGGUUCGCCGAAUCUUUUUCCAAAUCUCGAUUCGUCGGUGAUGACCGCUGCACUAAUGCAGCGCGAACAUUUUCUCAAUUCAAUACGACAACAGCAUGAGCAGAUCAAUGGACGUGAACGCGCUGCUCCUGCUUCAAUGAGUAAAACAUCGAAACCUUCGUCAAAACCUGAACAAAUUACAACUGACGAAACACCGCGAGUCAGUCCGAAAGUAUCGACAUCACCCGGAUCUCAUUCGUCAACUUCGUCUUCAUCGAGAUCAUCGAAAAAAGUUAAACGAGAAAAGGAUUCGCCUUCGCCUUCAACUGAAAAUAUCGAAACAAAGUUAAAAGAAUCAGCUUCAACAUAG